CACUUCCUGGGCUGAACUCAAACCCAGGAGCUUCAUUGGCAGAACUCUGUAUUGUCUCAGCUGGGGGUCGGGCUGUGAGAUGCCAGUUCCGCCCUUCGUACACAGUCCGGAUAGGGACACACUAAGGAGCAGGCUGGGAAUUGUCCCCUGCUGCCCCAGCAACUCCCUUCCCCUGUGUCCCUGGCAUUGUCCCUCCCCUGCACUCACAUCUCCAGCCUGGGCUACUGGGAUUUCCAAAGAUGAAACCAGAAAUUUCAGAAAUAAAAUUAGAGGAAGAACAUUCAGAAGAUCAUCUGAACCCAAUGGAAAUCAUGGCAGUUACACUUACUGAUGGGGGUUUCCCAGAGCCGGAGGCAGAGAUCUUACAGGUUAAAAUAGAGGAGGAAGAAUUAGAUUUUGAUCAGCCGCUAAACCAGAUGGAACGGACAGCAAGUAGAUACACCAAUGGGCGAGGAUAUUGCGAGGAAAGGGCGAUCCCCCCAGAGAACUACAUGAGUCCCGACUUCCUGAAGGAGUUCAUAGAGAUGUACCGCGCGCUCCCGUGCUUGUGGAAAGUCAAGUCGACGGAUUAUUUCAACAAACAGAAGAAGAACCGGGCGUACGAGAAGCUGGUGCGGCUGUGCAAGAGCGUGUGUCCCACCGCCAACCUGGAGUACGUCAAGCACAAAAUCGCCAACCUCCGAACGGUCUUCAAGAAGGAGCUGAAGAAAGUGGAACUGUCCAAACGCUCCGGGGCCACCGGGGAUAACGUCUACGUCCCGCGUCUGUGGUACUUCGAGCUGCUGAAGUUCACCAUCGAGCAGGACGCCAGCGGCAACGCCACCUCCAACCUGGGGGAGAGCGAGGACAUCAUCCCUUGCGACGUCGGGGAGGAGGAGAAACGGGCGAGCGAGGAGAGCUUCGUCGAAAUCGUCGAAAGUCCCAAUUUGUCUCAGAUGAGCAUCCACAGGCCAAACGAGGCGGCGAUGGAAAACGACGCGGAAGAAUUUAGUCUCCCCAAGAAGCAAAUGAAAAGGAAACUGUGCAACGACGACCUGGAGAAGCAGCUCCUGUCCCAAGCGGCGGCCAUUCUGAGCAGGGACGAUGACGAGUACGACAAUUUUGGAGUCAUUGUAGCGUCGAAGCUUCGUAAAAUGGAUGAGAACCAAAGACUGGCGGCGGAGAUGAUUAUAUGGGACGUGUUACACAAAGGGAUGCUAAAGCAGCUGAACGUGCAGGAUCCUAUUGGACAUUACACCGGACCAGUACAUCACAGCUAUAAAUAAGCAGGGGCCUGGGACUCUUGGGUUCAGCCGUCAGAACCUCUCCUCCUGCCAAGAUUCUGUUCCUUUUAGCGACACUGCAGUCUCUGUUGCCCAGAGAGAACCCUGACCCCGUUCAUGGACUGUAUUAGAGAGAGCUGGGGGCGGGGCCGGACUGUAUUAGAGAGAGCUGGGGGGCCCCGGGGCCGGACUGUAUGGGAACGCCGCGUGUGCUCAGAGGCUCUAGGGGGCCCUUAUUUUAUCUUCAGGAAUUGCUGCACCGCCUCCGUGUUGGCUCUUUUUGUAGCUCUUAGUUACUCCCGUAGGCGCUAGUUCCACUCACACGAUGGAUUAUAUAGCGAUCGGCUUAGGAGGUUUUUAUUGGUAGCCACUUCUUUUUACAUAAUAACUUUACAUUUCUCCAGUGAUGAAAUACAGAAACCGAUAUACGUUCCUUUGUCCAACUCUG